UUGGCCGAUAGUUCAGACUCGCUGCUUGCCAGAAAACGGGUGGGAAAACAGGACUGAGCAUCUCUCGCAGACUUCACACAGCGUUCAUCUGAGGGAAGGAGACGAGGGAGCCGCAGCACACACAUCUGCAGCGAUGUCGGAACAGAGCAUUCACCUCCCCAAUGUGGGGAGUUCCGGGAACGGAAAGCUUGAACUGAGCGCCUCCUCUUUCUCCUCCUCAUCCUCUCGCCAUGGGGCCACCGUUAGCUUCCAUAAGAUCCACUAUGCCGUGGAAAUGAAGAGCGGCUGGCUGUGUAAAAGGAAGGUCACCCACAAAGACAUCCUCAUUGACAUCAAUGGGAUUAUGAGGCCUGGAAUGAAUGCCAUAUUAGGAGCAACUGGGAGUGGAAAAUCAUCGUUUCUGGACAUUCUGGCGGCAAGAAAAGACCCCAAAGGAUUGUCUGGAGAAGUGCUGAUAGAUGGAGCACCACAACCCCCCGACUUCAAAUGCCUGUCUGGAUAUGUAGUACAGGAUGACGUUGUCAUGGGAACGCUAACAGUGAGGGAGAACUUGCGUUUCUCUGCAGCGUUGAGGCUUCCAAUGUCAGUCAGUCAGAAGGAGAAAGAGAAAAAAGUGCAGCAACUGAUUGAAGAGCUGGGACUGACUAAAGUAGCUGACUCACGGGUGGGCACGCAACUAAUACGAGGGAUUUCAGGAGGUGAGAGGAAGAGGACCAAUAUCGGAAUGGAACUCAUCAUCGAUCCUUCUGUUCUCUUUCUGGAUGAACCCACAACAGGACUGGACGCCAGCACAGCUAAUUCUGUACUGUCACUGCUGAAGAGGAUGUCGAUUCACGGUCGGACCAUCAUCCUGUCCAUCCACCAGCCACGUUACUCUAUAUAUCGACUGUUCGACAGCCUGACUCUUCUGGCUGGUGGUAGACAGGUCUACCACGGACCUGCGCAGAGCGCACUGGAGUACUUCAGUGAAAUAGGAUUCAUCUGUGAACCUCACAACAACCCUGCUGACUUCUUCCUAGAUGUCAUCAAUGGAGACUUUUCUACAGUCAUUCAAAACAGACUUGAAGAGAAAGAAGAGCUAAAUGUAGAGCAGUGCACAUCAUCUCGCCAGAACAUUGAGCAGAGACUGGUGGAAGAGUAUAAAACAUGGUCGUACUACAGAGAGACCAAAGAAGAGCUGGAGAAGAUCAUGCAGGGCAGGAACUACAGUGAGAAGCCCAAAACUCGCACCAUCACCUACAAGACUUCCUUCAAUCACCAGUUCAAAUGGGUGCUGAAAAGAACCUUCCGUAACCUAAUGCUUAACCCACAGACCUCCUUCGCUCAGAUAGGAGUCACACUUUUCCUCGCUCUUAUUGUUGGUGCUAUCUUUUUCAAUGUGCCAAACACCUCGGAAGGGAUUCAAAACAGGAUGGGUUCUCUGUUCUUCAUCAUUACUAAUCAGUGUUUCAGCUCUCUGUCCUCGGCUGAACUUUUCAUCACGGAACGCAAACUCUUCCUGCACGAAUAUGUUAGUGGCUACUACAGAGUGUCUGUGUAUUUCCUGAGCAAGAUUCUCUCUGACAUUCUCACACUGCGCACCUUCCCUGCGAUCAUCUUCAGCUGUGUGGCCUACUGGAUGAUAGGGUACAAAGCAAAUGCAGGAGCAUUUUUCUUCUUCAUGCUUUCUGUUGCCAUGACUGCCUACACGGCAACAUCCAUGACAAUGGCCAUCUCUGCUGACCAGAAUGUGGUGGCCAUCGCCAACAUCUUCAUGACCAUCAGCUUUGUGUUCAUGAUGAUUUUCUCUGGCUUGCUAGUAAAUUUGCCCAGCAUUGCUGACUGGCUGAACUGGUUAAAGUAUCUGAGCAUCCCUCGUUAUGGCUUGACGGCUCUCCAGGUGAACGAGUUUGUUGGGCAGAGGUUCUGUAACACUGUUACGAACAAUCAAACCAAUUUUAACACUACAGCUGGACAAAUUAGUAUUUGUUCAACAGGUGAGGAUUUCCUGACUGAGCAGGGCAUUGACUACUCUACAUGGGGCAUGUGGCAGAACCAAGUUGCCCUGGCCUGCAUGAUAAUCAUAUUCCUGAGUAUUGCGUACUUGAAACUGCGUUUCAUCAAGAAGUUUACAUAGACACACAAACACAUUCUGUCUUGAUACACAUGUAUACGUCACAUUCUGCCUUUGCAGUAUAGAGAAUGUUUGAAUCGUGCUAAGUUUUCUCUCUUACACUGUGCUGCUAAGACCACCUCAGUAAUCCAUUCAUGUUCUUUAAGCCUGUUGUACAAAUAAGUGUGUCUUUGUCAAUUCAGUUUGCACUCCUUUUGCCUCACUCAGGACUGUCGCACUUGAGCAUGAACAUUGCCAAUGAAGAAAAGAUACACUGUAAAUGCUUUAAAAAUUCUGUACUUUUUAAAAUAUAUAUAUAUAUAUAGUAGUAGGCCUGUCAGAAUCAUGAAAAUUCACCGCCGCCCUCUAAAGGUGUAAUAAACAAACAUUACUCACCGCCGCCCUCUAAAGGUGUCAUAAACAAACAUUACUCACCGCCGCCCUCUAAACAUGUCGUAAACAAACAUUACUCACCGUCGCC